UCCUGUCAGAGCACGUCCGGGGGUCUGGACAACUUCCAAUUUACAUUUGAAUCAUACCUUGACGACAACUCGCUUAUUGAGCCCGAUACUUUUGAUGCGUGCCGCACCAGUGACUCGCAGUCCCUGUCAGAGAGCAUCGCCAGAUUCGAAGAAGUCAAUGGGAGAACCUAUCAUUCCUACCGUGCUGGUUCCUACCAUUAUCCCAACGACGCUACAGAGAAAGAGCGUCUGGAUGACCAGUACGAGAUCGUCAAGAUCAUUCUCGACGGUCGGAACUACCUCGCGCCGCUCUCACGUGAAAACCCUCCCCGCCAUGUCCUCGAUAUUGGCACCGGAACGGGUACUUGGGCGAUCGAGAUGGGCGACGAGUUCCCCGAGUCCCAGAUAAUCGGCACCGACCUGUCGCCAAUACAGCCGUCACACGUGCCGCCCAACGUGAGAUUCUUCGUCGAGGACUCGAGCGAGGACUGGGACUACCCCCACAAGUUUGACUACAUACACACACGCGUCACCAUCGGCUGCUGGGCGGAUAUGAAAUCACAGAUCAUCAAGAGGGCCUUUGACCACCUGCAACCGGGUGGCUGGUUCGAAGCCCAGGAGAUUUUUGCCCUGCCGCAAUGCGAUGAUGGGACCAUGCCUGCGGACAGCUGUUUCCUAAGAUGGAUCCUGGACAUGAACCGCGCUUCCGAGGCUGCCGACCGCCGAUUUCUCUUCGGCGACCAACUCGAGAGCUGGCUGCGGGAGGUCGGGUUUGUCGACGUUCAAGAAGCCGUCUUCAAGCUCCCCAUCAAUGGCUGGCCGAAGGAAAGAGCGCUGAAGUACAUUGGCAUGAUGUGGCAGCGCAACCUGCUUAGCGGCCUGAGCGGUUUUAGUCUGGGCUUGUUGCAUCGAGUUCUUGGCCGGUCCGUGGAAGAGGUCGAGGUGUCCCUUGUGGAUGUUCGGCGAGACCUCUUCAACCAACAAGUGCAUGCCUAUCAGAAACUCCAUGUUGUGUGGGGUCGAAAACCUCUACCGAGUCCGAACCCUCGGUGACUUCCAGGCCAGGGAGAAACAACCUCAAUACAGGGUUGCAACUGGCCGCGCCUGCUGGAGCAAAAUUAGCGAUUGACGGGCCCCAGCUGCCUAGCUAGAGGGAUCACAGGUGUGAAUGAAUCCAAACAACGCUCGUUUUUGCCACCCCGCUAUUUCUCUCUUCUCGGAUGUUCGUCGG